CAACGUCGGGGUGGGCAUAUUUAUCCGCCGCGGGCAUCCUAAAAAGUAUAAACGAACCAAAACCAUGCGCAGAUUCAGGGCUGUAUCCGCCAUGGGCAGCCUUUCACUCCCAUGUCACACCGUCUUCACACUCACCCACUUCCCCGCCUUCUCUUAUCCGCGAGUUCACCCUUCUCACAUCAUUUCUUAUUCCCGAGCGAAGUCUGUAAUACAGCCUCUGCGCCCACUAUCAACAUCUUCGUCCUCUGCAACUUCUGUCAUCUCAUCGCCUCCUUUCUCGAGAUCGGAGCACCCCGUCGACCCUAAGUACCUCUCAUGCUCACUACCGGAUAAGAGUCCUCUCAAGCUGGCAGUUCUGGUUAGCGGUGGGGUUGAUAGCAGCGUCGCUCUCCGCCUCCUCCACGCCGCAGGACACUCCUGCACAGCAUUCUAUCUAAAAAUAUGGUUCCAGGAAGGCUUUGAGAACUUCUGGUCGGAGUGUCCAUGGGAGGAGGAUCUAAAAUAUGUAAAAGCUGUCUGUGACCAGGUUGACGUCCCUCUGCAAGUUGUGCAUUUGACUGAUGAGUAUUGGAAUAAUGUGUUUGUGGGGGCCUGGAUGGGGUUAUGCGGAGCAAAUGAGGGCUUAAGACGGGUAUCAUACAUUAUCGAUGAAUAUAGAUGUGGACGGACUCCAAAUCCAGAUGUCCUGUGCAAUACAAGAAUAAAAUUUGGUGCAUUUAUGGACGCAAUAAGUGGAAUGGAAUUUGACUUUGUUGCUUCUGGACAUUAUGCAAAGAUUGUUCAUGCGUCUUCUGAUCAACCACUCCAGCCUUCUGUUCUGGAAUUGUCAAAAGAUGUGGUAAAGGACCAAACAUACUUCCUAUCACAUCUCUCACAGUCUCAACUUAAGCGACUUAUUUUCCCUCUUGGAUGUAUUCCGAAGGAAGAGGUAUGCAAACUAGCGAAGUUAUUUGAUCUACCAAACCAGGACCGUAAAGAUUCACAAGGAAUAUGCUUUCUUGGCAAGAUAAAGUUUUGUGAUUUUGUUGCAAGACACAUCGGGGAGGUAGAAGGGAUUAUAUUAGAAGCUGAAACAGGGGAUUAUCUUGGAAAGCACAGAGGGUUUUGGUUCUACACUAUUGGUCAACGACAAGGUCUACGGCUUCCUGGAGGACCAUGGUACGUCGUGGAGAAAGACAGUAAGAAUAAUGUAGUGUUUGUGUCAAGAAACUACUUCUCGGCUGAUAAGAAAAGACGCAUAUUUCGUGUUGGAUCGCUGAAAUGGCUAAGUGGGAGCUAUCCUGCACAUGCAAAUCAACUUCAAUGCAAGGUUCGCCAUGGCCCCACUCUCUACAACUGUAGUUUGGCAAUGGAAGUUGACAACAAUGGUAAAAUAGUUGGCGUUGUCCAGCUGUCUCAAGAUGACCAAGGGCUGGCAGCAGGUCAGUUUGCUGCUUUCUAUGAUGGGAUGACCUGUCUUGGCUCUGGCAUCAUCAUGGAUUCUUGGGAUGAUCAAGGGUAUCCAGUAUGCGAAAGGGCUCUUGAAAUAGCAAGAAUGGAGGAUAAGUCAACGCUUGGCAGGCCAGUGAGAAUAACAGUUAAAUCGGGUAAUAAUCAUUUAAAGGAAUCUGAUCCCAAAGAUCAUAGAGAGAAUCUAAAUCCUAUUGUUGGUUCUGAAACUAAUGAGCGGAAUAUGUCUCACCAAGGAGAGGAUCACAGAGUAUUGAAUUGGUUAGAGUGGCUAAAGGAGAAGUGGUUACAAGUUUUUUAGUGUGUUUAUAGGUUGUAUUAUUGUAUAUGCGUAGGAUCUAUCCAGGUUGCACCUAAUGAUAAAACAGAAAUGCUAGGGGUACCCCAUUUUGUGUACCACAUUCGGACACACGGUCUGUCUACGCAGACAACUCUAUUCGGAACUACAAGGUUGUCUGUAUACAUACUACUCAAGACAUACAGUGUGUGCGAAUGGGGUACACAAAAUGGGGUACCCCUAGCAUUUCUCAUGAUAAAAAGCAAAACCAUAAUCUUUGACCAGAUUUAUGAUUUUACGUAGAGCUUUAAGGAGUGUCCAUGUAAGCAUGCUUUUGCCACUAAAGUGCAAUAUCCUGGACUUAUUUUAGAGGGAGGUCUUGAUUUGGAUGAUGGCAUGAUGCGUCAUUCUUGUUUCUCUUCAUCUCAAUUUAUGGUCUUUACCAACCUCCUUUCUGUUGGACUUCAGGCUGAUCACACCACCAGGGAUUACCAUUCUUACAUUUUUCAGGACAUAUUCUAAAAUAUCUUCUUUAUCCAUGAUUGUAUAUCCUCAAAUUUGUAUAGCAGGCUCCAUUUAGAGUUUAGACUCCCCCCUGCGUUGUUGUCUUGUUGAUGUCAUAAUCCUAUUAUUUGACAUGAGGCCCUCUCUUAAUUUAAUUUACACAAAUGUCAAUUAAAGCUCAUGCACUUAGGCAUUUUCAAUGACAUGUGUGAUUAGGG